AUGCAAAGAACUUGCCGUCAAGUGGAGAUCAUUUACAAGGUGCUGCAGAUGAUAUGGAAGACCUAUCAUUAUAGCCCCAAAAGUACACGUGAGAUACAAGCCAUUGGCAACAAAUUGGGGUUGAGUGUACUGAAGCCAACACAGGUGAGCGGAACAAGGUGGCUCCCUCACAUCAGCCGAGCACUCAAAGGUUUGAUAACACCAAAUUCAGAUGGUUCUGGCCAAUAUGCUGCGGUGUUGUGCCAUAUGGACCAACUAAGUGCAACAUCAAAAAAUGCAUUCAUAAAGGGGCGAGCAAAGUUUGUAAGUGAGAAGAUGAGAAGCAUCAGGUUUUCUGCAUUCUGUCAUUUCCUGGCGGACAUGUUUGCAAUAAUUUCGAAGUUAUGUCUGAAGAUGCAAAGAAAUGAUUUAAUUCUUCCUGUAGCAGUGUCCCUCCUCCAUGAAACAAUAGCCAACGUUGAUGCCUUGAAACUCUGGCCCGUCCCAAAUGGACAUUUGAAAUGGUUCAUGAAUAUGCUUGAGGAGUCCGGGGUUCACGAUGAGGUUUAGUUUCAAGGCCACACAUUGCAAGGGUCUCUGGAUGGGACACCCAAGAGAGGAAACACCCAAACUGAUAGUUUCAAGGCUUCAGUGAUUGAGGUAAUUGAGCUAAAAGAGAGGUUUGGCUCUAUGCUCUGUUCAGUGACGGACACUCAAGCCUUGGCGUGUAGUACCACCAGUGAAGUGGUUAAAGAUAUGCUCGUUUUUAACGUAGAUGCAUGGCCAUGUGGCACACAAGAUCUUGUUGACUUUGGUAAUAACAUGAUUGAUCGCCUGACCAGCUGGUUUAAACCCACACUACAGAAGGCUGGCUGUGAUGUUGAUUCAAUUUCUGAAGAGUGGUUUUCACUCAAGGUCAUCGUCAACACCACUUUCCUUGACAAGGAUUACACAAGCUUGUGGGAGACCAUGCUUACCAAGCUGCCGUACAAAGACGAGUUCAAAAAUCUUAUUCAUCCUGUAGAAAUCAUGCUGGUUCAGCCAAUUUCAGCCGCCCAAAGUGAGCGUGCCAUCUCCGCUCAGAAAAGGGUCAAGAAUAGCCUACGUGUUGCCCUUGGAUCCUCCACACUUGAAGAUUUGAUCCGAAUUACAGCAGAAGGCCCAUCGGUUGAGGAAUUUCAUCCAGCACCUGUGGUCGACAAGUGGCUUUUAAGGAACAGGGAAGCAGGAGAAAGGCAGCGGCGACGAAGUUUCAGAAUGACAUGA